UAUAACCGCUUGUCGCUUCUUUUCGAGCACAUAACGAUCAACAUCACCAGCGAGUGCAUUUUCACAUUUUAAUAUUCUACUUCCGAACUGUUGAAAUGCUGAUUAGUUUUUUUUAAUUUUUAAGCAAACAAAAAGAGUUAAAGUGCGUCUGUUUAGUUUGUAAUUUCUUAUGUACGGAAGAAACAUGAUCAGUUCUCAUUUGAAAUAAUUUCAUAUUUGCUUGCGGAUCAAGAAGCAAAAUAUUAAAGAAAAAAGUGGAAGAAAAAAAAAACAGAUCUGGUGCUAAAAGGAUAAAUUGAGUUGCAAGUAAAUUCCGACAAAUCGUUUGGGUGCAAGGAACUUAAUCUAGAUACAUCUUCUUUAUGUGAAAAAAAAAAAAAAAAAAAAAAACAAACAAACAUAAAACAUUUUAUUUAUAUACCAUGGAAGUGCUCUAUUUUUGGCUUAAAACAAUCGUGACCAUUGUGAUAAUUUCGAUUGUAUCGAGUCAAAGUAUAAAACAACCAAACGAUCAUAGUUCGACGACACAUUUGAAUAUCGAAAAAAUCAAUCAAAAUUUCGUUAGUAGAACAAAACAAAAUAGCUCAAAUGCGAUACGUGAUAUUAAUACAAACAGUGAAUCAAAAACUAAACCAAAUCCAGACUCAGAUGACUCGAACGCAUCGAAUGAAGCGAAUAAAGCACAUUCGAGAAAAAAACGAUUGAUUUGGAUUACAGAUGAUGGACGACUUGCAUUGCCACCGGGCACUGUGCUCAGUUUAACACCGACUAUAUCGUUGCCAUUGGUUCGAUAUCCAUUGGAUGGAUUUCUUUCGAAUAUGACAAUGAGCUUUCCACUUACCAUUGACUUUGAUAAAUUGGGAUUAACCGAUAACGAGAAUCCAUUGGGUGUUUUACCGCCAAUUUUUGCACGCAAAAUGGGAAGAGCGGCCGGUUCAGCUUUAGCCGAUUACGUUGGUGCAUAUUUAACGUCACGCAAGGCUCGUUCGAUAUCGGAACAGGAAGGUGAUGAAUUCAUGACAAUUUCACCGAAAAAAGCGCCCACACUACCCGACCAACAUAAGCAUGCAUUCCAUGGUGGCGAACGUGCAAUUUUAUAUGGCAUUGCCGAAGAUUUUCUAUCAACAUUCGGUGUGGAUGGCAAAGCCUGUUUACUCCGAACGAUUUGCGAAAUACAUUCGAAAAAGACGCUCGAUCAUUUGGGAUUUCUUGGUGAAGUUGCCAAACUAUUUUUCACUGCCACCAAAUCAAAUUAUGCACAUUUGUUGACGGAAUAUGUAACAGCGCAACAAAUUGGUGAGGGUACUGUGGGACCUGGUGAAUGUUUUCCAUACUAUAAAAAAUGUCCGAAAAGUAUAUUCAAAAGUGGAAGAGAAGCCAAUAAAUAUAGCCAUAUACCGUCGGAUAGCGCUUCCGAAUUAGAUGAUAAUGAAAAUGAAAUUGAACUUUUCAAUGAUUCCGACAAUGAACUAGCUCAAAUGAAUGAAAAUAAAGAUGCAACUCAAUCAAUGUUUAACAUGUAAUGGAAGCGAAAAAUCAUUCACGGUGUUCAGUUGUAUGAAAAACAACCCAACCAUUCGUUAAUAAAUGUAUAAAAAAAUUUAGAAUUUUAAUCUUUUGACCAAAUGAAGUGUGCAUUCAAAUUUUCUUAAUUCAUCGAUUCAUUGAAUUGUUCGUGUUUACAAUUAAAUUUUCAUUAAAAAAGAAACACAUACAUGCAUUUCUAGUCGUUUAGGAUGUUUCAUGAUCAAUUUUGACCAUUUAACAAUCUAAGAUUAUUUCUUCAAUGCUUUCAACAAUUCAUUGCUUUUGAUUUGGCUACAAUACACCGAAAAUCCAUAUCAAUCCGUUUAUUGCAUGUCGAAUGUCAUUUUCAGUGACCUUGAGUGUCACGAAACAUUCUUUUAUUUAUGCAAAGCGGAUUUUGAAUUUAAGGAAAAUAUUUUGUUGAGAAAAUCAAUGUAAUUAGGAUUAUAGUUAUUUGUGCUUGAGUUAGUUUCAAUUGUGCGCCAGAAUAGUUUUACAAUAGAAUGAUACGUGUUUUUUUUGUAUAUACUCGCAACAACGUGCGAUAAUUCAAAAUAUGCAGAAAAUGUUAUUUAUUUAUUUAUUUUUGUUAGAUGUACGAAGUCGACCGAAUGGCGCCGAUUUUCAUUAGUGUAAUUCAUUAUUUAUUAAUAUCAUAGAA